CGAACACAAAUAUUUGCGACAAGAGAGAUCAUCGCUCCGCAGCUGUUUCAUCACGUCAAGACCGUUUCAAAGAGAAAUUUCCACAAUAAGCACUUUGAGUCGCUAUCAAGCACAACACCAAGCGAACGUCGUACAGAGGAGCUCUUCCAUCCUACGAUCAUGUCUGGCGAGAAGCGACCUGCGCCAGAACUCUUUGGAAGCACACAACUAGUCAAACGACAAAAGUCCAGCUCGAACCUCAAGAGUGAUGCUCUUGUCAAAGCGUCCGGCAAUGGCGCUCUCAUCCAACAAGGAGGUCGAGGAGCUGCAGGUCUGCAGGCUCCUGUAAUGGAAUUGAGUGGGCAUUCUGGAGAAAUCUUCUGCGCCCGGUUCGAUCCUACCGGCGCUCACAUUGCAUCAGGCAGCAUGGAUCGCUCCAUUCUGCUUUGGAACACCAGCGGUGAAUGCGCCAACUAUCGCCUCUUGACUGGUCACAAGAGUGCUGUUCUCGAUCUUCAAUGGUCCCGAGACAGUCAAGUUCUCUACUCCGCAGGUGCUGACGCUCACGUAUCCAGCUGGAAUGUUGAGACUGGCGAGCGCAUCCGUCGCCACGUUGGACACGAAGAAGUCAUCAACUGCUUAGACGUCAGUCGACGAGGUGAAGAGUUUCUGGCUAGUGGCGGCGACGACGGAAGCAUUUCGCUGUGGGAUCCGCGACAGAAAGCGGCAAUCGACUACAUCGAAACGGACUACCCGAUCACAGCGCUCUGUCUAGGUGACGCCGGCGGCAAUGAACUCUUUUCUGGCGCUGUGGACAACAUCAUACAAGUCUGGGAUCUGCGCAUGAAGAAAACCGUCUACUCGCUUACCGGCCACGCUGAUACUAUCACGAGUCUUACCAUAUCUCCUGACGGCCAAACGCUACUGUCGAAUUCUCACGAUAGCACCGUGCGGACAUGGGAUGUCCGGCCUUUCGCUCCAGAAGAUCGCUCCGUACGAACGCUAGAUGGCGCGCAGGCUGGCCUAGAGAAGAACCUCAUCCGUGCAUGUUGGGAUCCAUCUGAGGGCAAACGAGUGGCAGUCGGAGGCGGCGAUGGAACGGCCACGGUCUGGGAUGUGCAAUCUGGACGCCUGCUGCACAAAUUGCCUGGCCACAAGGGUACGGUGAAUGACGUGAGGAUAUCUCCGGAUGGGUCAAUGAUCCUGUCAGCGAGCACAGACAAAACCAUGUUGUUGGGCGAGCUUCCACGAUAGGUUUGGUACUGUCAUAUGCAUCAAUAGAAUACCUCUUCCUUGUUUCACUUCGGAUGUCAAGAUCACGCACUACUCGCCUUUUGGCGUUCAUGAGACUAUGAGAGGAGGUGGAGCAUUGGUCGCAAAGUGUCAUAGAAUUGGACACCCCGAUUGCGUGUCGUGGAGUUGUAUUCACUUCUUGUGUAACGGAAACUUUACCCAAGACAACCCACCUCGUCACGCGGACGACGGCACCGGCGCUGUUUCUCGUGUAUCUGCACAAAUUUCUCGAUAGAACUGCCGUCAGAUCCCGAUUGCAGGAUAGCACAAUGCCUUGAACAAGACGUUGCUGUCAUGAGAGAGCGUUGGAGUUGACCGCCGGAGACCUAAAUGUCAGCCGAGCAUUCGCCGAACCCUAAUACCCAUUGGCACGAAGGAACGGUACGGAAGUGGUCUGAUAGCCGGUAGCCGUAGCAAAACACACAUUCUUUAUUUAUCCGAUG